AUGAGAAUAUUCAACGUGUUCGGAUUCCUUGGUAUCUUUUGCAUCAGUUAUGAACAAUCUUAUGCUUUUGCUUUUUCGAUCGAUUUAAUAAAUAAAAUGAAUACAUGGAAAUGCAAGAAAUUGGAACAGUCUUCGCCAUUAAUGCGCCUUAAAAAUCAUCUCUUUUGCGAUUAUGAUAAUACUGUUCAUCCGAAUUAUCCUAAAACAACUAAUGUUACUAUGCACUUAAUGCCGAAGUUAAUAAAUUUCCAAGAAGAAGGUAAACUAUCUUUGCACAGCUGGAUGUCACUUGCUUGGACGGACUCACAACUUACUUGGAUACCGAGCGAUUACGACGGGAUUACCUUUAUUCAUGUGAAAAGCUGGCGGAUCUGGAUGCCCAGUCUAUACGUCAAUGAUUCCGGUGAAAUGUCGAAUGACCAAUAUAAACAACCUAUAACAGAAUGCUUGCUCUUCAACUCGGGCUCUGUUAGUUGUGUGCCUGCGGUGAAAUUUAUUUCUAAAUGCAAUGUCGAUUAUACUUAUUGGCCUUAUGAUAAACAUCAAUGUAGCGUCACGUUUCUUUUGUGGAUGCAUCCAGGAGAAGAAGUCAAUUUGUUGAUAGCUGGAAAUGGGAUUUCUAUGAGCGACUACACGAAUGAUACGAAGUGGGAUUUCAAAUUUACAAGUGCGGAAGCCACAAAAUUUAAGUGCUGUCCGAACGAUACAUUCCCAAGGCUCAAUUAUAACUUCUUAUUGAUACGCCAUCACGGCAAACAUCACUUAACUAUUAUUUUACCGGCUAUCGCUUUGAUACUAUUCACUUUAAUAGUGCUCUGCCUCGACUUAAAAUCGGUUGAACGAAUGACGGUGGCAAGUGUGAAUUUUAUUUGUCAUUUACUCAGCAUAUACUUUUUGUUUUGGAUUCUACCAUUCAAUCAUGUUAAUCCCCCAAAUAUAUUGUUAUUUUAUCAUGAAUCCUUAGCAUUGGCAACAUUCGCUAUGAUACUGACGGCGAUGUUACGCAAACUGGAAGACAUGAGCACACAGACACCAAGUUGGAUCUUGUUCAUUACGACAUUGGUUUUAAGCAACAAGGUUGGACGUUUUCUGAUUCUCAAAAACGACAAGUCCAAAAUUGAUAGAGAUGUAGAGACUGAAGAAAGUUCAGAUGUUACAGAAUCUGAAAUAAGCCUAAAGGAAUUGUCCUGGAAAUAUUUUGCUACUAUUAUUGACUGGAUAUCUUUCUUUUGUGUGAUUUUUACUUAUAUAAUUAUCUUGAUUAUUUUAAUGCCUGUGGAUUAA